AUGAAAAGAAGAGCAGAUGUUGAAGGCUAUGACUGCUUAUUUUGUGGCUGCAGAACACGUAGCCCGCUCCACUAUUGCGUGGAGAUGGAGCUCUACGAUGAAAUGGAGAGGAACUUAAAUGGCAAGAAGGAACACGAGAAGAAAGAAGAUAAGGGUAGAAAGUGUUUGAAAGAGGAAGAGGUAAAGGGCAUAAGAGAAGAGGAAGAAUAAGAAGAUGAAGACGAAGAACAACAAAAACGACAAAGGAAAAUUCAAGAAGUUGAGAAAAGAAGGCGAAGAGGAGAAAGACGUGAAUGCCGUGAGAAAAAGAAGGAAAAGACAGCAUGCGGAGCAAAAGGGAAAUGGCACAAGGAAGGGUAAGAUAAAAUCGUCCUAAAGAUUAUAAUUUUGAUUAACCUAAAAUGCAAAAAACCACUAUUAGAUAUAACUUAUUAACCUUAGUCCUUUGUAUAGCCACGUUACAUGGUAAAUACGUUGGAAAAAGUAAUAAGUUAUGGCGAAUACAUCAUAGAUAGCACGAUGGGAACAACCAUCACUUCCAAAUUUUAGAACCCUUAUUAUAAAUUUGUAUCGCAAAUUUUCUCAACUGAAAAGCGAGCACGUUUUAUUUUUUUUGACAUCUCAUCAGAAAGAAUGACGAAUUAUUAAAAAAGCGUCAAUCAACUUUGCAACCUAUAAUUUUUCAAUUAAUAGCAUAAAUACGGUUUUAAAUUAAUAAAAUAUAUUUAAAUAAACUUUUGUUAACAAAUCCACAAAUUAAAAAAUGUUUUUGCUUUAGAAACCUGCCUUCAGGUCUACAGUGACUUUUUAUCUAGCCUAGUUUAAUACUGUAGUGUACUCUAGACUACUGUACCUUACAUUAAAUAACUUUAACAUUGAAAGUUUAUUUAUUUUUAUGUACAUAGUUUCAGAUCACGAGCUUCGAUGCAAAUUAAGAGUUCUCGGGGAUCAAACGUGAACCAAUCGUUGAAAGGUCGGCGGAUCGGUAAGAAUUUUUUAAGCCAAACUUAUUUUCAAAAACGUUGGCCAAGGCUAAAGCUGAGGCCAAAGCCAAGGCCAAGGUUAAGACCAAGGCUAAAGCUAAGGCUAGGGCUAGGGUUAAAGCCAAGGCCAAAGCCAAGGUUAAGACCAAGGCUAAAGCUAGGGCUAGGGUUAAAGCCAAGGCCAAAGCCAAGGCCAAGGUUAAGACCAAGGCUAAAGCUAAGGCUAGGGUUAAAGCCAAGACCAAGGCUAAAGCUGAGGCCAAGGCCAAGGCUUAG